GCUUAACCGAAACCGAGCUGUAAGGUUGCCUGCCAUGCAAAUGUGCAUGGAGGUUAUUGUUUUGAUAUAUAUGGGAUACAGACGAAAAGCAUAAAUUGGAAAGAAAUAUUUGCUUUUUUUCUGUUUAAUAUCAAGUUAACGGAAGUGAAAUGGUUUUAACAGCAGAUGUACAACUACCCACUGAGGAGGAACUAACUGUACAAGAAGUUAACUUAGGAUCACCAGCUUUACGAGCUGGUGCCUUCCAUUUAGGAAAAUAUUGUGAACAGGCAAAUAAUGAAUUUAUGCUAUGUCGGACUGAAUGGAAAGAUCCCCGGAAAUGCCUGGAAGAAGGAAAAGCUGUAACGAACUGCUCGCUUGAAUUUUUUAGGAAAGUGAAAAAGUCGUGUCAGCAGGAGUUUGAGCAAUACACAAACUGUAUUGAUAAGUCUAGCAGCCUUUUGGAGUACAAGUACUGUCGCAAGACACAGGGAGCAUUUGAUAAAUGUAUGCUGGAUAAUCUGAACCUGGAACGCCCUCCAUUUGGUUACUUCUGUGAAGCAAAAGUAAUAGAUACAAAACGACCAAAACCAGAGGAAGAAAAACCUGCAAUCUAUCCAGAUGCUACUCCAUAUUUACCAGAAGAUUACCCACGGCCACCAGCCAGAUAUGGUUCACGCUUCCACUGGUUCAACUAGAUAACUGCAGAUAUGUUUUGUUCCUUGUGGAGUUGGCAACUUUUGUAGUAGGCCUAUCUCAAAUAAUACUGCUGAGUAGGUCAUAUUUCUGUAUCAAUUUUGAGAUCAGAAUUAAACUAGACAAAUGCUUUAUUUAA